UAAAGACUUUCGGAACUCUUGUGUAUGCAAGACAACUUUCUAUUGCCUUUAAAAGGGCAGUUCCAGAGGAAUUCAUUCAUAUCGACUCAACCAUGGCUCCAUGUGUUGUAUGCGGCAGCACUGUUAGAGCACGGCAACAGACACUCCGAUGUGACCGAUGUGACAGGAGGCAGCACAGGACAUGUAACUCCGGAAUGUCCCAGACUUUCUACAGGCAAAUCCGCAGGGGGGAGGUCGACUUUGGAGAAUGGCUCUGCAGCAGGUGCCGGCCUACACGGGGGACCUACGAGACCAUCCCCGAGGAACACGUCACCGAGGAGAACGUCGAAGUGUCCGACUGUUCUCACGUAGACGGUUCGGUCCUGAUGCCCCAUGUCACCCUGGAGGACUCCAUUCGUGAUGUGCGCGUUGAGGACGAUCUCCCGGUUGGACAGCAGAGGGACGUGACCUUCACGUUCAUCGAAAGGGGCACGAAGAAAGGACGCCCGAAGCUGACGGAUAACCUAGGCUAUGCGUACACAAUCAAGAGGAGACCGGCCACAAACGUGAGGUACUGGGAGUGUGCCAAAAGACCGAAGAAGGGGAGGUGUCCUGCAUCCGUGGUGGAAAGAACGGGGGUCUUCCGACGCGGCGACAACUUCCACAACCACCCACCGGUGGUCAACUGCUUAACAAAUGUUAAGAUUCAAGCUGAGGUGCGCGCUAAAGCCGUAGAAGAUGUCUUCAAGUCAGCGUACACCAUUGUGCAGGAAACUCUGCUGGCCAUGGUGGACGAGACCGCGCCGAAUCCGGGGCUGCCUAGGAUAUCAAAUCUGGUGCGUAUGGCCAACAGGAAACGGGAGACUCUCAGCGCCAAGAAGAACUUGCAGAACAUCUAACUGGAAAAACCGGUUGAACGUAUCAAAGUAACUGGUUCGUUAGGAUCGCAUGUAAAUAUUACUCAUAUGUAGAUAGUAAGACCACACCGUAGGAAUUGUUAUUGUCCCUUGUAUGGCAAUGUACUGGAGUAAGAGAGACCAGGUAGUACUCGGUGUAGAACUCUCCUGUAAAUGAGAAAAGCCGCUAGGAGGCCAAUCCCACAUCUCGUACUCUCUGGUUCAAGAGCAAGCUAACCUUUCACUCAAACAUCACGACCACAGCAUGUCCAGAACAUGAAUUCAAGUAUCAAAGCCGUGCUCAAAGUAACACCCACCGUUGAUUGGAAGCCCGUCGAUGAAGUCACAGACUGCCCCAUGGUCAUGGACGCCCUGCAAGCUGUAGAACGACCUUUUGGACCAAACUGCCGCGGAAACCAUGGGUGAUUUCUCAACAAUGUUUCCAAGCUUUUCUAAAAAAUCCAAAGUCAGCUUGUUCAGGACUUUUGCACGACAUAUUGUUGCUUGUGCCAUACUAGUCAGAUGGCUAGGUGCAUGCGCACAAAGACAUCGACUUCAAGGUUUUGUCGUAAUAAAAAAAAGUCAUUGA